AUGACCCAUUACGAGACGGGUCAAGAGUGGUUCAACGACCGUCCGAAAGCGGCGAUCAUCAGUCUUGUGAGGAAUGAGGAGCUUGAGGGUAUCUUGCAGAGUAUGUGGCAGCUUGAGCGGCGGUGGAAUAGGAGGUAUCGGUAUCCAUGGAUUUUUUUCUCGGAGAGGGCGUUUACGGAGGAGUUUAGGGCUGCGACGAGGAAUGUCACUUCUGCUGAGACUUCUUACCAUCUUAUACCGAAUCAGCAUUGGUUGCCCCCAGAACAUAUUUCGACCAGUCGUUUUCACUCUUCCUUAGCCUAUCUGGGGACGCUUGGGGUCGGGAAAGGGCACUUACUGUCCUACCGCAAUAUGUGUCGAUGGAAUAGCGGGUUCUUCUAUCUUCAUCCAGCCCUGGCAGAAUAUGACUAUUAUUGGCGCGUUGAGCCUGACGUCCAUUUCUUCUGCAAUAUUCCUUACGACCCGUUCCGCUUCCUCCGAGACAACGAGAUAGCCUAUGGCUUCAACAUGAAUAUUCUUGACGAUGCGAGGAGUUUUGCGAGUCUGUGGAGGAGAACGAGAGAGUUCAUGGACAUGUACCCGGAUUUGGUCCACGAAGACGCGGACCUAGAGUGGCUGGUCGAUACAUACGGCAAUGGAGGCGAGUAUAAUAAUUGCCAAUUCUUCAGCAACUUCGAGAUUGGUGAUCUCAAUUUCUUCCGUGGUAAGGCAAACAUGAAAUACUUUGAGUGGCUGGAUAGCGAGGAUGUUGGUGGCUUUUACUACGAGCGCUUCGGUGAUGCGCCCGUGCAUACGCUAUCAGUUGCGUUGUUCGCAGGCGGCAAAGACAAGGCGUGGUAUUUUCGCGAUAUUGGCUAUCAACAUGAUAUUGCAAGGCAUUGUCCGAGACCUGAAGUUAGGAGCGGGCUGUGUGAUUGCGAAGCGACCGGGUUAGACGAGAACUUCUAUAAGUUAGUGCCGAUGGAGAGUCCUCAGAGAAAACCCGAGGAUAGCUGUUUGAGGUUGUGGCUCGGUGGGGAGUGGUUAGAGAAAGAGGAUGGGUAUGAUGCGGAGGUUGAGCGGACGUUAGGUGGUGAUGGGUUGAGAGGAUAUGUGAGAAAAGAGUUUGAGUGA